CACACCGCCCCGCCGACGCCGGCGCCGGCUCCUCGCGCCGCACCAUGCUCAACGAGAACAUCGUCGGCUAUCUGCGCACCGUCGGCGCCGCGUAUGCGUCGCGGCACGCGCAGCCGGCACAGCUCGCGGCGCUGCUGCUCAUCCAGCCGGCGCACUACCCGCACUUCCGCGCCGUGCUGCCGCCGCCGACCGUCGACCUCAGCGCGCAGAUCGCCGCCGUGCUGGCGCUCAAGAAGACGGACCGCUUCGUCGCCUUCAUCGCCGCCCUCUUCGCCUACCUGGCCGGCCACCCGCCGCCGAGCCAGCUGCUGGCGCGCCCGGCACUGCUGCCGCGCGAGGCGUUCGCGCCGGCGUACUGGGCCUGGAGCGAGCUGUAUGCCAAGGCAUUUGCCCUCUACUCGACGCCCGAGACGCUGUACUUCGGCCCCGUGCUGCGCUCGCUCGCCUCGACGCUGCUGGCGCUCGCCUCGCGCGCCGACCAUGCCGUCGGCGGCGGCUCGCAGAAGGCCAUGAUGGAUGCGGCAGCGAAGCUCAGCCGGACAGUCGGCCUCUGCGCCAUCGACCGCACGCCGGCGCCGGCAGACGAGACGCGCCGGCGAGACACGCUGUGGGCGGGCAACGGCAGCUUUGCGGCGUACUUCCGCCUCAAUAACCUGCGUCUCUGCGACACGGUGCUCUCGUCGCUCGACUCUGCCUUCGCACUGAACCGACAGUUCUCGCCCUCCUCGCUACACGCCUCGGGCAUCGCGUAUAACGACGGCGUCAGCACGAUUGGCACUGACGUGGGCGAGGCGAGCUACAGCCGUGCCGACCGCGUCACGUACCGCUACUACCUCGGCCGCCUGCGCUUGAGCCAACAUCGGAUACGACUGGCACACGGGCAGCUGCGAUGGGCAUUUGACAACUGCGUCGUGUCUUCGCGGAACAAACGCACGAUCCUGAUCCCGCUGCUCGUGUCGGCGCUGAUCCUGGGGCAUUACCCAUCGACGCCCUUGCUGCGUGCCGCCGGUCUUGCGCCGCAGUUUGAGGCGCUCCUUGUCGCGCUGCGGAAAGGCAACGGCGCUGCGACGAUGCAGGAGCUCGAGCGAUGGCGCGAGUGGCAUCGUGCACACGGCAACUACUCGCUGCUGCGCGAGCGCAUGAUGGCGGGCUGCUGGCGGAAUCUGCUGCGGAGAUGUCUGCUCAUCACCCGUGCAGCGACGCCGGCGCCGCCACCUGCGCCAGGCGCACAGUCACCACCGCCGAAUCUGUCGCUCGCGUCCAUCCUGCCGAUGGUCCGGCUCGCAUGGCAGGACAACUCGCUAGAGCUCGACGACGUCGAGUGCGUCGUCGUGAGCUUGAUUGAUCAGGGCAUCAUCAAGGGCUACGUCAUCCACAAAACGCGCCGGCUCGUGCUUGCCCGCGGCGAGGCGCUCGGCUUUCCGCCGCUGGGCAGCGUGCGGUAGCAGCACGCCGCUGCCCAAUGCAUGGGUACACACG